AUGCUUCCCGUGCAGGUAUUUUGCCGUUUUAUUAACACAACCCUUGGAAAUACCCCACCAAAUUACCGAUACCGAGGCCACAAGCCGGGUAUCCUCUACCUCGACACGCAAACUAGGGGCUCGGGCCGCGACUUGAAGCAAACAGCAUCAUGUAUAAUCACACACUCGACGAGCGGCGUGGGAAGUAGGCAGAGGCAUAGUGUGGCCGCGCUACUCGUCAUGCCCACCGCUCCCUAUUUUGUCGAGAGUCAAAGGGCCGGCAGCAACCUAGUGCUAAUCGCGCGAAUAGGGGCAGUGUCUGGCCGGAGAGAGCAACAUCGCGAGGAGCAUAGUGCGGCAAAGGAUGGCGUGAGAGAUGUCUGA